UAGUUUUAUUGAUAAAAUUAUUUGAAAACAUCUAAAACAAACAUGUUACCAUUAUCAUUACUGAGAACAGCACAAAAUCAUCCAAUGCUGGUUGAAUUAAAAAAUGGUGAAACAUACAAUGGUCAUUUGGUCAGUUGUGACAACUGGAUGAAUAUUAAUCUGAGAGAGGUCAUCUGUACAUCCAGGGAUGGUGAUAAAUUUUGGAGAAUGCCUGAAUGUUACAUUCGAGGAAGUACAAUAAAAUAUUUACGUAUUCCUGAUGAAGUCAUUGAUAUGGUAAAAGAAGAUGUUCAAAUGAAAUCACGAGGUCGUGGUGAAAUGAAAGGCAGAGGUGGACAAAAUCAAAGAGGUGGUCGUGGAGGUGGACGAGGAACAUUUGGUGGACGUGGUGGUCCUGGAGGUGGAGGUGGUGGUAACAGAGAUGGUAAUCGAGGUCCACCAGGUCAAAUGGGAAGAAAUAAUCAAGGCAACAAACCCAUGAACAAAUCUCGACCAAAAUGAUAAACAUUCUCUGUAUUUUUUUUUUUUUCUAAUUAUUUAAAAAAAAUAAUUUAUCAAUUAAUUCAUCAGAUACUCAA